AUGACUGUAGCUCGCGGAAAGAAGGAGGGCACGCUGUAUAUGACAACUAACUCCAAUGAUUGCAUUGAUCUUGUAGGAGCAGUGAACAGUGCAGACUUGUGGCAUUGUCGACUUGGCCACAUGAGCGAAAAGGGGAUGAAGAUAAUGAGUUCAAAGGGUGGGUUGUAUGGCCUGGAAACUGUUGAAGUUGGCCUAUGCGAGGAUUGCGUGUUCGGGAAGCAGAAGAGAGUAAGCUUCUCAAGAGGCGGUAGAACCUUGAAGAUGCAGAAGUUGGAGCUGGUCCAUAGUGAUCUAUGGGGACCUGCGCCUGAGUGGAAAGCCCUUGUAGAAACUGAAACAGGGCUGAAGGUGAAGUGUCUACAAUCCGACAAUGGAUGA